AUGUUCACUUCUCCACUUACUAAUGACCCCAACGAUAUGCCUCCUAGCCGUUGCCUCGAGAUCCUUUGGUGUGAGGCAAUGCAGAACAUCGAGGCCGCUGAGGGUCAAAUCCUUGUCCCCGAUAACAUCGUCGAGAAUGUCCUCGGCAUGGAUAACCUCCAGGAAAUGCACAAGCGAUUGGCCAAUAUGAACAAUGGAGUUGCUUACAUGCACUUCGACGAGUCUUUGGACGCCUGGCGCCUUAGCACCACAGACGAGUACCUCAAUGAGAGGACGCCGGCUCAGGAACUGCGAGAUGCUGAGAUUCCUAUCAGCUUCAAAGACCACAAACUGGUCAGCCAGUCUAUUUACCGGUCUGCCGACCUGGGUACACUCCCGAGUCUUCCCGUUCCCGGUGCUGCUGCCGCCGCCCAUGUCCCUCGUCCGCCGAAUUGCUUUAUUCUGUAUCGUCAGGCCAACCACCAUAUUGUCAAAGAGUCCAAUCCCGGCGUGUCCAACAACGAAAUCUCUCGAAUCCUUGGCAAUCGCUGGAAGAACGAGCGCCCUGAAGUUCGUGAACGCUACACUCGGUUGGCUGAUCAGCUGAAGCGCGAGCACGCAGUUAAACAUCCGAAUUAUCAGUAUGCUCCUCGUCGCCCCUCGGAGCGGAAGCGCCGUGGCCCACGUGCCAAUGCUGAAACGAUUCGUUACGUUGAUCAGGAGCCCGCUUUCCAGCAUGCACUAGAGUCUUCCGAGCGCAUUGGGAAAGAUUGGUACAUUGAAAUCGAUGAUAAGCUUGUGGGCAUGCUGAACGACAAAGGACUUCUCUGGGGUCCGAAUGGAGUUGCGCCUGAACCAGAUAGCUACAGCCAAACUGAGCUUAUCUCCAUGGCCAACGAUCUGACCUCCGGUGACAAUCUUGUCACCCUCGACGGCACUCUCAAUCUGAACAUCGACAACCAGGGAAUGCCUCUUCCCACCAUGUUCUAG